CAGAACACCAUGUGACCUUUUCUUCUUCAGCAAGCAGGGCUGGAUUCCGCAUUCCUCCGAGGAGUGUUGACCAAAUCACGACAAUGCCUUUCAGUUUGCUGAAUAUCUGUGAAUAUGACACUCAAAAACUCGUUAAAAUCAAGAGCGUCAAACUUGGUUCCCUGAAAUGGACAUUAAACGGAGUUAUCUUGAUGUUCAUUUGUUUCAUGAUGUUAUGGAAUAAAGAAUAUCAAGAGUAUGAUCGUGUGGUGAGUUCUGUCACCACAAAGGUUAAGGGAGUGGCAAAGGCAAAUAUACCAGACAUUGGGGAAGUUGUAUGGGAUAUGGUGGACCACAGUGGACUAUCUCAGGGGAAAAACUCUUUUUUCGUGGCAACAAAUGUCAUUGUCACAAAGAACCAAAAACAAGGUAAUUGCCCAGAGGCCCCACCAUAUGGGAAGCUGUGUCGAACAGAUAAAGACUGCGAGAAAGGGUUUUCAAACCAGAUUAGCCAUGGUGUUCAAACAGGAGCCUGUGUGAAGUUUGAUGUACUAAGGAAAACAUGUGAAGUUUCAGCUUGGUGCCCCAUUGAGAACAAGAAGAAACCUAGACCUGCUCUUUUGGCAUCUGCAGAAAAUUUCACUGUGAUGAUUAAGAAUAACAUCAGAUUUCCAGCCUUUAACUACAUAAGAAGAAACAUCUUACCUGAAAUGAAGGACACUGAGCUUAAAGGUUGCCUUUAUAACCGCUAUACAAAUCCAUACUGUCCCAUUUUCCGUCUGGGGGACAUUGUGAAUGAGGCCAAGGAGAACUUUGCCAAUGUGGCAGUAGAGGGUGGUGUAAUUGGGAUUCAGAUCAACUGGGACUGUGACCUGAACAGGAUCUUUCACAGCUGUCUGCCCAAAUACUCGUUCCGUCGUUUGGAUGAAAAAGAAAGUAACCGUACCCUGUAUCCUGGCCUUAACUUCAGGUUGGCAAGAUACUCGACAGUGAAUGGUGUGGAGCAAAGGACCCUAUUUAAAAUGUAUGGCAUUAGGUUUGAUGUCAUGGUGUUUGGGAAGGCUGGAAAGUUCAGCAUUAUUCAGCUUAUCAUCUACAUUGGAUCAACGCUAUCGUAUUAUGCUAUUACCACAAUCGUCCUUGACUGGCUUAUUGGCACCAGCUGUUACUCCAAAGAGGCCAAACAGAACUACUCUGAGAGAAAGUUUGAGCCAGUUCAGGACAUGCAAGAGUGUUUCCUUUGUGUGUCAUUUGUGGAUAAGGACAAUUUAAGGGUGGUGAAAAAGUCCCGAAAGAAAAGAUUACAGGAGACAAAACCCCUUUCCAUUCACCAGCGCAAAAAUGAUAUGGCCAGCAUGAAGACUCUGAUCAGUGUGCUGCAUUGUGGGCAAAGCACAAGUUUGCCUGUUCAGAAUGGCCUGAGUGGUGGGCUUAAGAUAGAUGAAAACCAGCCCAGCAGGCAAAGCAAUGGACAGAGCGCAGACACACCAUUACUGGAGAUGCCUCAGUCUGGGGGUCCGGUCUGGUGUCAGUGUGGAUGCUGCCAGCCUGCUGCCACCUUGCACGAGCAGCUGUGCUGUCGAUCGAGCAAGGGGCGCUGCAUAACCACCUCCCCUCUUUUUUCAACACUGGUCCUCAGUCGCUCCGUCCUGGAGACAGCUUUGUUCUAUGUGGAUCCCCUAGCGGAGCUGCGUGAGGGGGCUCAGCUGCGUCAUGGGGCCUAUGCUCAAUUCAUUAGGUGGCGGUUUGGUGACAGCACACCCAGGGAAUCUAUUCCAGUAAUACCCAGUUGCUGUGUGUGGAGGAUAAGGGCAGAAUACCCCAGCCCUGAUGGAAAUUAUAGUGGCCUAAGACUUCAUCAGGUCACACCCUCUUAGGCAGUGCUUAAUGUAUAAUAGACUUUAUCAAGGGCUUUUUGAUUGGAUGCACAAUCAGACUGAAGAUGCCUUAACUUUGCAAAAAAGAAAAUGCUACUAACAACAAUCAAUAACACAACAUUAUGUCAGUUGUAACCUACAAAGCAACCAAAUGAUGUGCCAUAACAUAAAAAAGAGAAAGAGGAAUUCAAAAUAAUAAUAAUAAUAAUAAUUAAUAAAAAAACUAGAAAAAAAGCUGGUUGCCAAGAUGCAUACGUCUUUGAUCCAACUAACAAAAACAACUAAUGAAUCCAGAGCUCAAUCAUGUAUGACCAUUUGGUUUAUUAAUGAUUUGGAGUGUUAUUAAACAUUGAUACACUGAAACUAAAAUAAAUUAAGUAUAUUGUAAUUUAUAAAAUAAAUGAAAUGUAUAAAGUUUGGUAUAUGGGUAGUUCACAUGAAAUACAUUUGGGAAUGCCCUGCUGUAUACAUGCAGUCUAAAAGAUUUUAAAAAGCACAGAAUAUUUGUAGUUUUACAAAUGAAUGCACAACCAUUUAAAAUGAACUAGCUGAUUAAAAAUGUUAAAAAGGAAAUGGUGACCUAAAAAAAUAUCACCUAAAAUACAUACAAUACAUACACUCACUGAGCACUUUAUUGGGAACACUAUGGUUCUAAUAAAGUGCCCGAUGUGGCCUUCUGCUGUUGUAGCCCAUCCGCCUCAAGGUUUGAUGUGUUGUGCAUUCUGAGAUGCUAUUCUGCUCAUUACAAUUGUACAGAGCGGUUAUCUGAGUUACUGUAGUCUUUCUGUCAGCUGGAACCAGUCUGGCCAUUCUCUGCUGACCUCUCUCAUCAACAAGGUGUUUCCAACCGCAGAACUGCCACUCACUGGUUGUUUUUUGUUUUUGUCAUCAUUCUGAGUAAAUUCUAGAGACUGUUGUGCAUGAAAAUCCCAGGAGAUCAGCAGUUACAGAAAUACUCAAACCAGCCCGUCUGCCACUAACAAUCAUGCCAUAAUAAGUAGAUGUAGAGGUGUUCCUAAUAAAGUGCUCAGUGAGUGUAUAUUAUUAAUCUAAAAUCUUGAUGUUAAUUAAAAAAAAAGCUCAUGGACAUGUUAAGUCAAAUACCCUUAGAUGUAUAUGAAAUGUAUACAUUUUAUACGGCACUAGAACACAUUGAUUUUGAUUUGUGAUGGUUUGAAGUGCGAUGAAUGUGUCCAUUCCAUUGAAACAUCCAAUCCACAUUUAUCAGUGAGUACCAUAUGAGGUUGUCUCAACAGAGCUCUAGAGCAGAGUAAAAAUGUGAUAUAAUUUUGCAUAACAAAUUUUUAAUUACUUAUAGAUAGCCUAUGUGAAUUUUACUCACCAUCAGCAUGCCACUAUCACUUUUUUGG